AUGGACGACAUAUCUCGGUUCGAGACUCAAAACAACAUAUCCAUCAAUGUAUUCGGUUACGAAAGAGGAGACAUUUUCCCCAAACACGUGACGAAACAACGCCACCACAAGCAUGUGGACUUAUUGAUGAUCUGCGAUGCCAAGAAAUCACACUAUUGCUGGAUAAAAAAUCUGAAUAGGUUAUUGAGUGAUCAACAUUCACAUCGUGGACAGCAUUAUCACUGCCCUUACUGUCUGCAUGGAUUUACGAAGGAAAGAAUACUGCAAGAUCAUAUAGCCUAUUGUCAAUCACAUGGAACUCAGAAAGUAGAACUUCCAAAAGAAGAAGACAAAUGGCUAUUUUACAAGAAUACGCAGAAGCAACUGAAGGUACCUUAUAUUAUAUUCGCCGACUUUGAGAGUCUCCAAGUACCGAUUGCAAGCUGUGCUAAAAACCCAAAAUCAUCAUAUACAGAAAAGACAACAGAGCACAUACCAUCUGGAUUCGCAUACAAAGUGGUCGGUCUCACACAAGACCAUUGUAAGGAGCCCGUGGUGUAUAGAGGAGCGGAUGCAGCGGACAAAUUCGUAAACUGUAUGGUUCAAGAACAAGAACUCAUAGAACAACGCUUCAAGCAAUGCGAACCAAUGCGCAUGGCAGGAAGAGACUGGCAGAACUUCAAACACGCCACGCAUUGUCACAUAUGUAAAAAGACGCUCGGAGACGACAGAGUUCGGGAUCACUGUCACGUGACGGGAGUAUUCAGAGGGGCAGCACACAAUGAAUGUAACCUAAAUUACAAGUUCACGGGACGGAUUCCAGUAGUGUUGCACAACUUACGAGGUUAUGACAGUCAUCUCAUUAUGCAGGCCAUCGGCAAAAUAGGACACAAGCGAUUGAACUGUAUACCAAAUAACAUGGAGAAAUAUAUAUCGUUCUCGUUAGGAUGUAUGGACUUUAUUGAUUCAUUCCAAUUCAUGAGCUCGUCUCUAGAUAAACUAGUUGGUAAUCUUGUCGAUAAUGGGUCAUCUCAAUUCAAGCACAUGGUCACACAUUUUGGUUCAGAAGUCCUCCCUCUACUGCUCCGGAAGCAGGUGUAUCCGUACGACUACUUCGAUUGUCAGGCGAAAUUCGGAGAGACGGUUUUACCAAACAAGCAGGUCUUCAGAAGUUCAUUGACGGGGAUGAGUAUUUCAGAUGAAGACUAUCACCAUGCACAAACUGUUUGGGAGGCAUUCAACAUACAGAACUUAGGGCAAUAUCAUGACCUAUACGUCCUGACGGACGUUUUGGCCUUAGCAGAUGUAUUCGAAAACUUCCGCGAGCUUUGUCUCAACUAUUAUGAGCUGGACCCCGCUCAUUUCUAUACAUCACCAGGACUAGCAUGGCAAGCAGCACUAAAAAUGACGGGUGUCAAUUUAGAAUUGUUAACGGAUAUCGACAUGCACUUAUUCAUAGAAAAGGGACUCCGAAGAGGAGUUUCUAUGAUUUCACAUAGAUUUGCAAAGGCGAACAACAAAUAUGUACCAGAAUACGACUCAAACAAACCGGAUGAAUACAUCAUGUACUUGGACGCUAACAACUUAUACGGCUGGGCUAUGUCGCAGCCUCUGCCGACACACGACUUUGAAUGGAUCGAUGCCAACGAUGAUUUCGACGUUACCAAGAUAGCAGAUAAUUCGGACAAGGGAUAUAUCCUCGAGGUAGACAUGGAAUAUCCAGAAGAUCUUCACGAUCUCCAUAACGAUUAUCCUCUUGCACCCGAGAAACUAACGGUUACGGAGGCAAUGCUGUCUCCGUAUGCCACGCAGCUCAUGGAAGAUCUCAAACUCAAGGGAACCUCUACGGAAAAACUCGUCCCUAACUUGAGUAAGAAAGAGAAGUAUGUGGGUACACUACAGAAAUGUCAAAUUAUAUCUUGCUUUGGGUAUGAAAUUAACAAAGAUUCACCGAGUGCUGUCCUUCGAACAAAGUCCGUGGUUGGAGAAUUACAUCAGCUACAACACAGAAAAAAGAAAACGCGCCAGAAACGAAUUUGA